AUGUCUACAUCAAGUAAUAUUUCACAGUCGACUUAUUCCCCAUCAGAACCAGAAACUCCCCAAAGUACUGCACAAAGCAGAAUUCAGAACUCAUUCGAUCAAUCUCUGAACCAUGCUGAUCUUGGACUAAGUAUUGAACAAUCUAUGAAAAGUGCUCAAAAGGAAAUGCACCAAAAACGAAUUCAAGCUUUGAGAACUGAACUUGAGUAUCUAAAAGCGACAGAAUGGGAAUUUGAAUAUGACAAAGGAUUUGUUCAGUAA